AUGGAGGCCAUAACCAGUUGUUGCGGCCUGCGUCGCAAGAAUCGAGAUGCAGACACAGAACCUCUGCUUCCUCGAUAUGAGGACGAUACUGUGAUGCAGAAGAGGUUACAUCAGAAGCUUCAUACUUAUCAGAUGCUAAGAGCUCUCACAAAGGGUUACAUGCCAUCUACUGAACAAGCUAUUGUCAAUCUUCGUACGCUACUGGCUUCGGACGUUCUCAAUCCGAACAACAAAGACUUGAGCGAGUCUGGCAGACAGCUUGUGAGGCAGUGCCGUAAUUGGUUGAAGGUCUUCAUUGAAUUGCUACGAAACAAGAACGACAGGGACCAGAUACAGGACUUGAUUUGGUACCUAACAAAGUCCCGUAUCUCCAUCGACGUCAACGAUAUCUCUCACCAAGCAUCGAAAGUGCAAGCGCGAGCCAAUGCCCAAGCCACUUAUGACAGUUUCAAAACUGUAGGCAGCCUACUCCUCACGAACUCGGACUUCAGGCUCUUCCUCGACGACCUCUCUACCAUUGGUAGACAAGUGCUAUCGGAUACCGCAUUUUCGCUCUCGAAUGCAGCUGAAGAGACCGGGAAGAAGCUUGAACUAUCGGAAGCAGAGCAACAGCAAAUCUCAGGGCCUGGAAAAGAUGAGACAGCAGUGGCCAAGAAAGACGAAGAGGCACAAGAUGGCUCCGCCGAAACUGCAAAAGUAGUAGCAGACGAGGCUACUAAAGUGGCUAAAGACGCAGCUGUGAGUGCGAGAGAUAACCUCAGAGGCGACAAGGCCGAUACUCUUUUGUAUCGUAUCAAGCAGACUGUGGUAAACUUGAGAAAGCGCACCGACUACAACGAGUCAGUCUCGACUAUUGCAAAGCUCAUCCAGCGCUAUGCCCAGAUAUAUUCUAAAGUGGCCGAGGCGACAUUGGACACUGCAGCUGAUGACAUCGAUACCAACCCAGCUCUUGACAGGGCUAUUCGUAAUUUCUGGGACCUACUAAGUACAUUCGGUGAUAAGGCAGCGUGGGAGCAAGUCGAAUCAGACUUCAAAAAACUCAUGUCACAUUCGAAGUCAGACCCACAAUUCGAGAAGUUCAUGACUGACGUUGGUAAUAUGGUUCAGAAAAUGCUCACUGACCCAGAAUUUUUCGAUAAUGUUCAGGGCAAGAUCGACGAACUCAAGGAGAAAUCGAGCCAGUUGAACAAGGAGACCGGGUUCAAAGACGACUUUGAACAAUUCUUCGCAUCAAGUCAAAAUGCUGUUCGCACGUUGGUUGACGACAAGGAUGUGUCCCAAAUGUUUAUUACAACCAAACGAGUAUACGAGACUCUGUCUCCACCAGGAGCACUCACCAAUCCAGCUCUGAUCAGUGACACCAUCAAUAUCUUCUUACCACUCUUGAUCCGGAUGAUUCAGUACGUGCCAAUUCCUCGUCUAGAGGUCUCGAUCCCGGAGAUGGACCUCUUGUUGGAGAAUCUCAUCCUUGAACCUGGCCGCACAGUCAACUCAACGUCCUUCUUGCCUUACCGACUAUUCGUUUCUACCAAGAACGACCUUGAGCUUAGAAAAGCACACUCCAAGAAAGUCGUUACAAAGACCAAGUCCUUGAUGAGCGUCUCAAUCAACGGACUGUCGUUGUGUGCGCAAGAUCUAGGCUUCUGGCUUCGUGGUCAUGCUGGGUUGUUCCGUUUUGCAGACGAAGGUAUCGCCAGCUUCUACCUCGAUGAACGCGGUAUUGAUAUCACAAUCGAACUCGAGAUUGGGCGAGAAAAGCUUGAACAGAUUUUGACCUUGAAGGGUGUGCGUGUACAUAUCCACAAGCUCGAUUACACGCUGAGAAAGAGCAAGCUGAGUUGGCUAGGCUGGCUCUUUAAGCCUUUGAUCAAGCAGAUGGUCCGAAGAGCACUUGAAAAAACACUUGCGGAGCAAAUUGCGGAUUUCCUGCAUGCAGCCAACAGAGAGCUGCUCUAUGCUCGAGAAAGACUGCGAGCUACACGUAUCGCUGAUCCUCAAGACGUUAUGACGUUCUUCAGGGCUGUGAUGGCCAGACUCACACCCGAGGAGGAUCCUGACGUCUACACUCGUGUUGGAGUCGACUCUCCCAGCAAAGGGGUCUUCAAGAACGUCUACGCUCCCGGCAGUAUUGUCAAGACAUGGCAUGAAGAGGCAUUGCGGGCUGAGGAGCAUGUUGAAGAGAACGAAGAGUAUGGUGGUGGAUGGCGCAAUGCUAUCUUCGAUGUACAGGUUGCUUGA